AUGGUUACAAUCAACCGUGCUACCCCGUGUGGUGGUUGUGGACAACCUGUGGGACCUGUCCACAGUUGCCCGAAGUGCUUCCGCCACAUGCAUCCAUUUUGUGGGCGUCCGACAGGGAAAGAAGGCUUUGGGCAAUCUGUGAUUUGCCCUGAGUGUGACCAAGACGGCCAACAUUCACCAGACCACGCCUCCGCGCCAAAAUCUGUUGGACAUGUCGUCGAGUUGCAGAGCAGUGGUUCGGACGUUCAACCAGAAGCUUCUCAAUCAAUAUCAUCGCAGCCGCGUCAGUCUUCCCGUCACACACAGGCAGUGAGCAGCAUUGCUCACCGCCGAAAGGUCGUCCGCUGGAUGAAAGAGUUCGAGGCGAACAACGGAGACAAAGGGAUGUUUGCUAAGGCCGAAAACAGAUUCCCUCGUAUUUUCAAUUCGGGUACGCAAGCUGCCAAUCUAGCCAAGGCGAUAUAUUGGUGGAAGAAGCGGGAGCAGAUAUUAGAUGCAGGGCGUGGUUCCGUCGCGAUUUCUGCUCGCCGACGCGGAGGAAGACGACGAGUCAGCGCAAAGGUCACUGCGUGUCGCGGAAGACCGAGAAGCGCAUGGGUGUAG